CCAGACAAACCGGCCAUCACACCAUGUUCUUACGCUCUAAAGAAACUGGACAAAGGCGAGUACGUGGAAUUAUGGUAUUUCACUAACGACGGCUUGGACGAAGCUAGUAUAAAGAAGACGAUUGACGACGACGCCAUGAUUCUUUCGACUCUGGCUGAUGGCUCCACAGCCUGGGUCUCUUCAGCGUCUACGCGAAGUGCACGUUCGGUGAUUAACGACGAAAAUUUACCUUUUGAAGAGUUCUGUCAAGCCUGUCCGCGCUUUCUGACGGCAAUAGAGGAGGCAGAUUGGCCGCAAGACAGAGUCCGGAUGAUGGCUCGGUUCUGGAUGAACAUUCAAGUUCACAAGUUUCGCUCACUCAGAGACCCCAUAGCUCAGAAGUCACUCCUGGUCUACCAGGCAGAGCAACGGAAACGGUGGCAUAUCGCAGCAAAGUCCUCUGUCGGACCAUAUGAUCUUUCAGACGUCAAUGAGAAGGUUCUCAAAGACACGAGGGACAGAGUAUAUUGGGAUGAGCGCAACAAGAGAGACAACGAACGUGAUUACAAGACUGACCAACACGUCAGUUCCUCUUCGAGACAUCGUGACUGGAAAGAGCCAACCAAGCGUGCUCAUUCACCAGAGCACGCGAGCAAGGCCAAGAAACCACGUCAGGAUUUUCGUGCGGGCGCAAGCGGAGGAGUCCUCUCCGCUUGCGCCAUUUGCCUCGGACGAAAUCCUCACAGGAUUAUCGAGUGCAAAGCGUCCAGAACCUGGGACGAUGCAUUCGAAACUCUUUGCGCA